CAUAACCUCCGUAUGGCAGCUGGACUUCACGCCCACAGAGGUUCAACGAAUCUCAACAUACUAAUGAAACCAGCCUCUUCGUCGCUACAACACCCCCAGUCGCCACAUAUUAACGCCUACCAGAUAUUCCCCAACUAGUUAACUAGGCCUACUGGCAACUUUGAUACUGUGGCGUUGUUGGAGCUUGGAGGACCAGUUGUGUAAUUCAUUUCAGAAUAAAAACAUUUUUGGUUCAUUUAUGAGUGAUAAGUUUAUGAGUUUUUGAUUCAUUAUGAGUCAUUAACUGAAGUCACACCCCCAUUAAAAUCCAUGUCUUCUGCUGAAUGCAAAUGUCAAAUAUAGGACUUGUCAAAUGUAAAUGGUCCUUGUAAUGUAAACGUGAUGCUGCUCAUGUGUCUCAUAGGUCGGUGUGACGUGAAAACACCUUGAGGGGUAGACUGUGAUGGCAUUAAAUAUUGCGCAUUAGCCUAAACACAUGCAUUUAAGUUGUUUAAUGGGAGGCAGUGGGAGUCCCCUCCCACUACUAAAUCCAGCCCCACCCUCACCACUUGCAAUCGUCACCUUGCAGUCGAGGGACCGAGUGCCAUCUCCUCCACAACUUAGUUUUGUCUACACCUCAACCAACUCAACUGGGACAGAGAAACCGACCACGCUUCAAUAGUUAUUUUUAUCACACACAUUUUCAUCUUAAGAAGAAUGGAGUCGUCGCUCGAGUUCUCAAACUCGUUCAGCGGCGCGUCCUCGUCGCUGCCCGCCCGCAGCAGGACCUUUAAGGUGAUCGUGAUCGGGGACUCCGGGGUCGGGAAGACCUGCCUCACUCACCGCUUCUGCGCCGGGGAGUUCCCCUGCCGACCCGACGCCACCAUCGGGGUGGACUUCCGAGAGAGGAUCGUGGACAUCGAUGGAGAGAGAGUUAAGCUCCAGAUGUGGGACACAGCUGGGCAGGAGCGUUUCAGGAAGUCCAUGGUGCAGCACUACUACCGGAACGUCCACGCGGUGCUCUUCGUCUACGACGUCACCUACCCGGCCAGCUUCAGGGGCCUGCCCGCCUGGGUGGAGGAGUGCCGGCAGAACUCCCUGGGCCAGGACAUCCCCAGGUUCCUGGUGGGGAGCAAGGUGGACCUGCGUACGCCGGGGGGGGCCAGCCAGGUGAGCCGGGAGCAGGCACUGAGGUUCUCCCAGACCCACAACAUGACUCUGUUCGAGACCUCCGCCAAGAACCCCCUGGCCAGCAGCUGUGGCGCGGGGGGGCGGGGUCCGGGGAGGGGCAGGGCCCCGGAGGAGCCCUUCCACCAGGACGCGGUGGAGUCCAUCGUGACGGCCGUGGCCGCCCGGCUGCGGAGAAACAGGAGGCUUCCGGAGCAACUGCACUCCAAGGGAGGGAACAGCUCUUUUAAGAUCCCGGCGGACAAGAAACCUCUGGAGAAGGGGCACUGGGCGUGCACCUGCUGAGAGUGAGAGUGAGAGUGUGUGUGUGAAAUAGAGUGUGUGUGUGUGUGUGUGUGUGUGAAGGAGAGAGAGGGUGUGUUAGUGAGUGUGUGUUGAGAGAGAAAGUGAGUGUCUUCGAGUGAGUGAGUGUGCGUCGAAGAAUCUUAAUUUGUAAUGAUUUCAAAUGAAAUGUUGUACUGUAAUUUUUAGCUUUUAAAUAUUGAUGUUAUUAACUUUUUUAUGUUUUCUUCCGUUUUUCCAUGCUCUGUGUAAAAUAAAAUACCAUGUAUACGUGUAUAAAACAUA